AUGCGCUCCUUCGCUCUUACCGCUAGUCUCGCCGCGCUCUGCAGCGCAGCACCAUACGGACAGCAGACGCCGCUGAAGAACAUCCUCGAAAACACAGACAAGAGUGAAAAGUAUACAUACCCAACCGAUUUCACUAGGGAGAUCAUCCCGAAGCCGUUCCAUAGCCACAAUGACUACUGGCGUGAUGUUCCCUUCUAUUCGGGUUUGAGCCAAGGCGCCAUAUCAACAGAAGCUGAUGUGUGGCUUCUGAAUGGCACACUAUAUGUUGGUCAUGAGCCUGCUGCUUUGACCGACAAGCGCACUCUUCAGUCUCUGUAUCUUGAGCCUAUCCUUGAUACUUUGCAUCGCCUGAACCCAAGCACUCGAUUUGUGCAGCCAGGCGAACAGAAUGGAGUUUUUGACACCUCCAGUGGGCAGACUCUUUACUUCUUCAUCGAUUUGAAGACUGCUGCCGACGAGACCUGGCCUGCUGUUCUCGAAGCUUUGGAGCCUCUGCGAAGCGGCGACUGGUUGACUACCUACGACGGAACGACUCUGCGUAAGAAUCCCGUCACCGUUAUUGGAACUGGGAAUACCCAGCUUUCAGAUGUACUCGCAUCGUCUCCGCGUGACGUGUUCUUCGAUGCGCCACUUAGAGAGCUCAACGACUCCAAAUACAAAGAUCUCACAGCGAAUGAGUCACCUAUCGCGUCCACCAACUUCGCAUCAUCUUUUGGUGAAGUGCGUAAGCGCGAAUUCAACGAUACGCAGCUGGAGACUUUGAGGAACCAGCUCGACAUGGCUCAUAAGAAGGGAAUCAUGGCUAGGUACUGGAACCAGCCAGCAUAUCCUAUUGGCACAAGAAAUGCAGUAUGGCGGAUUCUUUGGGACGAAGGCGUUGAUCUGCUCAAUGUGGAUGAUCUUGUGGGCGCGGCAGAGUUCUGGGAGGGAACUGGUUAA